UUCUUCCAGCAGAGGAAAAGACCGUGAUGACGACGAAAAGUCUUGCCUCAGUUUCCUCCGGUAUUGGCAACAACUACGUAUACUAAUUCGAUGGUCAUAAAAUAAAUCUAUCCGUGUCACCGAGAUUUCGAAAGUUAAGCUAAAUUAUUUAUAUUUCUUGUGCAUUUCCUUCUUCCGAAAGGGAAAAUGGUUGUAACAGCGGUGGACUGGGCGAACAAGAAGAUUCAACUAUUGACACUUUUGCCACAACUCUGUCCUCUCUUCAUAUCGAACAACCUUACACAUUCUUCCUCCUCUCGUGGAGACGCACAUAACGUUGUCGUCUCCAGAGCUAAGCGUCUCCUGGGACUGGAGGAAGAAUGUCUUCGAGAUCUCUGUAUUUUGGCUAAUUGGCCGAACUCCAAGAAGGAUGACAAUAUCGUUGCUGGUGCUUCGGCUUCGGCUGGAGGAGACAGAAGGGUCGUCCCAUUCCCAACUGUUGACGAUGAAAGCGGACACGAGGAUCACAGAGGAAUGUGUCAAACUCACAAAAAACUGGAGGUUGUCCUCCAUCAUCGAGACAAAUUCCGGAGUCAAUUUCUUCGGAAACUCCUCGCAGCCUCGUUCACUGCUACGUCAGUUCCUCCAAGUCAUGUUGACGCUGAUCCUGACACGAUGUUAAUUCCUGACGUAUCUUCCUCGCCACCAGAAGUAGAGAAGAAGUCAGUAGUAAAAUUACUCAAGAUGGGAUUGAAGUCAAGAUAUUCGUCCCAUCUGAGGAAAGCACUGAGAGAAAGGGAUUUUCAGUCUACUGUAUGCAUUCUCAGCAUUAUCGCCACAUUUGAUGAUGAUGCGGCGAAGAACGAAGACCUUCCACAUUUGAAAUCGUUACCACCUAAUGAAGAAACUGAAGUCCAUGAUAUGAAAAUCGUCACUUUGUUAGAAGAGAAUGAGAUGAGUGGUAAACUUGGUAAUUUACGAACAUCUUCUAGUCAAGAUUCGCAUUUUGAAUCUGAACAUGAUAUCUCAUCAUUAUCUUCUUCGUCGUCGGCGUCGUCAUCGUCGUCUCAUUGGACUGACAGGAAGCCACGGUCCAAAACUGGGAUUAAACUUAAGGAUUUAACCCGAAUAUCACAACAUGACCAAGAUCUCAAAUAUUACAAAGAAGUGACGCACAGAGUCUUAACGUUGCUAAAAUCCCAUCCUGACAACAUGUUUAAAAUCUAUCAGAUAAUUGACAGUAUCCGACACAGUUCUAAAAAUGAAAACAAUGAAAUUCGUAUAAAAGAAAGUGCGCAACAGUUAACAUUAUUACGAGCAAAUAGGCUACAUAAAUUUCUAAACUACAUGAAACGACUCCAAAAUUUAUUUUCACAUCGAGUAAGUCAUUUUGAAACUGAACCAGUUUAUACUAAAAGUGAGGAGGAGGAGAAUAAGCAAGAAAACUUGAACCAUCUACACGGAAGUGCUUUAUCAAAAAGAAUUAACGAGCUGGAAAACACGUUGUCAGCAACAAAAUCAAAAUGGAAAGUUGUUUUUGAAGAAAGGGAAAGUGAAAUUGUAAUAUUGCAAAAGCAAUUGCUAAACACUCGGGAUGAGAUGGACCACCAUUUACUAGAAACAGUAAAGCAGCUCGAAGUGGAGAAAAUUGUUAAUAUCAAGCACCACAAGCAACGAAUAAACAAUCUGAAUGAAAAUGUGGACAUGAGGGAAGAAAGAUUGGUCCAAGCCAUCACCACUUUAGAAGCUGGCUACAAAGGUCUUCGGUCGUAUCGAAAGAGCAAAGAGGCCGAGUUACGUCAGGUCAUUCAUGAGUAUGACGACACUAUAAUCAAACAUCGUCGACAACUUGAAGAGUUAUCGCAUUUUGCGAAUGCUAAUCGCGCAGAGAUGAAACGUUUGGAGGACGUUCAUUUAGGAAUGGUGGAUAGUUACGACGAGAUGAGAAACACCAAACGCCUCCGAGAACUGCUUCAAAACCUCCAAAUGGCAGAAUCUGUCCGGGAAAAUUGGGCAGCCAGGAGAAUUCAAACUGCUUGGAAGAAGUACAGGGCUCGAAAAUUGAGGAAACGAAAGUUGAAAAAGCCGAAAGGAAGAAAAAAGAAGACGCCUUUGCAAAAAUGAACUAUAUUAAAUGUACUUGCUCUAUCAUUAUAGAUUUGAAAAAUUAAUGUUCUUCAGACAGAAUUAGUCGUGUAAAAAUAUUAUUAAAAAAAUUGAAAUUCUUAGAGCAGAUGAUCAUAGGCCAAGCCAAAACCAGGCGAUAUUAACUAAUUCAAUAUUCACCAAUGUUUCAUUCCUACAGAACUAUUUGUAGGCUCUUCUGUACUUCUCAUGUUAAGUCGAGUUUUUGCCAGCAAUAAAUAUUUUAUUGGCAG